AUGGAUAGAUUCUGUUGGGCGCAGGAUGACCUUUUAAAACUGCUGGAGGCCAUGAAAGUGGCCCUUCCACCGAAAGACCUGACUAAAUACAAAACAUCAGAGUCCCACCUCGACUGGCAGAAAGUUGCCUUCAAUUCCUACACAGCAGAGAUGUGCAAGCAGAAAUGGCAGGAGGUCUCUAAAGAGAUUCGUAAAUUCAGGACCCUGACAGAAUUGAUAUUUGAUGCUCAAGACUACAUAAAGAACCCCUACAAGGGCAAGAAAAUAAAGAAACACCCAGAUUUCCCCAAGAAGCCUUUGACUCCAUACUUCCGUUUCUUUAUGGAGAAGAGAGCCAAGUACGCAAAGCUGCAUCCUGAGAUGAGCAACCUAGACCUUACUAAAAUCCUCUCCAAGAAGUACAGGGAGCUGCCUGAUAAAAGAAGGUUAAAAAAAUAUGUUGACGACUUCUUAAGAGACAAGGAAGUAUUUGUGCAAAGCAUGAUGAAAUUCAGGGAAGAACAUCCAGACCUGGUGGAGAGCAUGACCAAGAAAGGAUCAAAUGUACCAGAGAAGCCCAAGACACCCCAGCAGUUGUGGUACAACCAUGAGAAGAAGGCCUUCCUCAAGCUGCACCCUGAUGCAACCACCAAAGACAUUAAAGAUAAUCUUAGCAAACAGUGGACACAGCUUCCCGACAAAAAGAGGCUCAAAUGGAUCGGCAAGUCCCUGGAACAGCAGAAGCAGUAUGAGGAGACAAUGCGGGAAUACAUCCAACAGCACCCAGAGUUAAACAUGACCCAGGAGGACAUUGUUAAGUCCACCCUGACUAAGGCAGAGCGACACCUGAAGGACAAAUCUGACGGCCGACCUGACAAACCGCCUCCAAACGGUUACUCGAUGUUCUGUGCGGAGCUCAUGUCGAGCAUGAAGGACGUUCCCAGCACAGAGCGCAUGGUGAUGUGUAGCCAGCGAUGGAAGCUGCUGAAGCAGCACGAGAAGGACGCCUACCAAAAACGCUGCGAGCAGGUGACUUGAUAAUCAUGAAAAAAAAAAGAGUAUGAAAUUGAGAUGAACAGAUUUCUCAGUAGUAUAUCGGAGGAAGAGCAGCAGCGUCUUGGUGAGGAUAAGGUCGGUUUUAAGAAGGGUGGCGGAGCCAAUAGUCCCGCGUCUAAAAAGAAAAGCUCUAAAGCAAAGAGAAACCCAAAAAGACCCAUUUCAGCCAUGUUCAUAUUUGCUGAGGAGAAACGUCCCAAACUGCAGCAGGAGCGGCCAGACCUUUCUGACAGUGAGCUCACAAGACUCCUUGCACGCAUGUGGAAUGAGCUGCCGGAUAAGAAGAAGGAGAAAUAUAAACGCUUAGAAACAGUACUGAAGGCCGAGUCCGAGAAGAAGGAAAAGGAGGAUCGCAGUCGUCUUCCAGAUCCGCCCAAAACUGCACAAGACAUCUGGCAGCAGAGUGUUAUAGGAGACUACCUGGCCAGAUUUAAGUGUGUGCUUUGCAGAAACGACCGGCCAAAGGCACAGAAGCAAUGGAAGGAACCUGGAGCACCAUGGGAGAAAAAAGAGAAAAUUAUGUGGAUCAAAAAAGCAGCAGAGGACCAGAAAAGAUACGAGAGGGAAGUGAGUGAGAUGCGCUCACCUGCUGCUGCCAUUGCCUCAGGGAAGAAAAUGAAGUUUGAGGGUGAACCCAAGAAACCACCGUCAAAUGGAUAUCAGAAAUUCUCAGAGAUGCUGUCCAACGGAGAGCUGAAUCACCUCCCGAUGAAAGAGCGGAUGGCUGAGAUCGGCAGCCGCUGGCAGAGGUUACCACUGAAGGAAAAGGACCGCUACAAGAAGAUUGCUGAGGAGAAGCAGAGGCAGUACAAAGUCCAGCUGGAACAGUGGCUCGCUAGUUUAUCUUCACAAGAGAGAAACACUUACAAAGAAUACAAUUCACAAAAAAGAAGAAGUACAGCAAAACCAGGAGGCCCCAAAGCAAAGUCCAAGAAAUCUGAUACGGAGGAGGACGAUGAUGACGAUGAUGAUGAUGAUGAGCAGGAGAAGGCUUCCUCCGAGGGUGACUCUUCCAGUGAGGAGGAUGACGACGACGAGGACGAUGAAGAUAAGGAGGCCGAGGACGACGAUGAAGACGACGAAGAUGGCGAUGAGGCAGACGACAAGGAGAACAAGUCGGAGGACAGCAGCAGUGAGUCGAACUCGCAGGGGUCAUCAGACUCUGAUUCAGACUGAAACGGGCCAUCGUUGACAAACUGAGCAGCGCUGAGCUGAGCCAAGAGUCCAGGGAGCUCUGCCACUGUGCCAACCCUGUUCUCCUCCCGCCACCAGAGGGAGCCCCUGCAUUGCUUCAUCCAUUUCA